AUGACCGAAGUGAAGAAACCGCGAACCUUCCGUUGUCAGGAGUGUGGUCUUGUUGUCGCCCGUCCAAGUCACUUAGCCCGUCAUCUACAAUCCCACCUGCCUCCCGCUCGACGCGAGCACUUCUCUUGCACGCAAUGCGGCCGCCAGUUCUCUCGCAACGAUGUCCUGCUCAGGCACCUCCGGACGGCUCACCAAGCAUAUAUCAGUCGGAAGAGAUCGGCCCAAAAGUCGUGUUUUCGUUGUGUGAAAAAGAAGCUGAAAUGCGACCGGGCUCAGCCCUGUGUAAACUGCACCAAGUCGGCCGCUACCUGCGAAUACCCUAUGGACGAUUCCUCCGCAGAUGGAGAGCUGCUACACGAGAAGGCAGAGUCGGAUGUCUCGAGCGGCCAACAGAUCCAGGAGGAAAGCACAUGUCAGAGUGAUGGAUUCACAACCUCGGACUCUUAUCAAGAUCAUGCCAAUCCACAGCUUCCCAUCCUCCAGACGAACGCUGUGUACAUGCAGGAUCAUGAUCAGCGCCAUGCCGGUGUCCAGACCUUCACGGAGAAUGCUCAUUACUUCCAGCCAACUUCAGAGUCCAAUGGUCUAAAUAUGAUGCCUCCGGACAUGGUCUCUUACCCUACGGCAAGUCCCACGAAUGCUACAACAGAUUUCGCCCAGUCGUUCAUGGGAUACGAGAACGCGUACUUGGCAGGCGAUUUCAAUUACAUGCCUUCUAACUCGGCUCCCAGAGUCGUGGGUAUGGCCGAAGGAGGCGUGGACUGGCUGGGCUUGGAGCUGGAUUCCCCCAACAACGGUGACAUGAGGGCGCACUCGAUGGGCCAAGUCUUCUCUCCUGGCGCCAUGCAGUUCGUGCCUCACCAGCCUGUAGCGCUCGGUAGCCCGGAAAUGCUGUUUGGCAGGAAUCAGCCUAAUGGUGCUGGGUUUCAGCAAUCCAGAGCUCAGGGCUCCAAUGGCACCUUGGUCAAAACCUCAGAGUCUCAGGCCGUCGCUCAACAGUGGCCGUUCGAUCAUACUCGAAACCAUGAGCCCCAGAAACAUCGUUUGCCACCCUUGCGAGAUAUCCUGCAAGGGACAAUUGCGUCGAGUGACGGCGGCAACACGAUUCGAUGCCUGAUCCAGCUGCUGUCGACUUCCUACGUACCCGAAGUCGACUUAUCCCAAGAUUUGAGCAUGAUGUCGGCCAUGGAGGUUCUGAAGAGCUCGCUGGAUCUUUAUUUCAGCGAAUUCCAUGCCGUCCUGCCUCUGGUGCACAUGCCAACGUUUAACAUGAACAAAGUCCCAACCGUCACAUUGGCAGCAAUGUCUUGCAUUGGAGCCAUGUACUCGGACGACCGGCAGGGUACUGAGCAAUCUUCAUCCUUGAGCGAGAUGUGUUUGCAGAUGAUUGCUUGGCUGGGAGGUUCUGAUAGCACUAACUUCUACAAGCCUGCUUACCUUAUAGCAUGUUGCCUUCAUCAAAUCUAUUCACUUGGAUCCGGCAACAGGCGCCUUUACCAGAAUGCUGAUUGUAACCGAGGCAUCUUGAUCGGCUGUCUGCGCGGAAUGGGCAUACUCAAGUCUCGUGUCAGCACCGAAGUGGAAGAGGAAGACAUCGAGAACGCCUUGACACUCGGCAACGCCACGAGUGAAUGGCUGCGUUGGAAAGACCAAGAAGAAGAAAAGCGCAUCGCUUGGUCUGCGUUCGAAUAUGAUUGCAGCCUCUGCACUUUGACCUCGAGAAGGGGCGCCGUUGACCUUCCGGAACUCCCCAGCCAUUUACCAUGCGCAGAACCGCUUUGGGAUGCUCCUUCGGCCCAAGCUUGGGCGGCACUCUACUCUCGACUCUCGAGUACUGCUCGUGGUGCCCCUACGUCGAAAAUCCUUCGCAACCUCCUGGCCGCCAAGGCAGUGCCUGCUGAUUUACCGGCUUGGAGCAAGAGACUCUGCGCACAAAACAUAGGGCGACUUCUAUGGGACCUCAAACAAUUGGACAUAAUGGCAACCAACGAAUAUUUGGGACUCCCGUCAAUGUCUGCCGCCCAGAGACAAACCAAGUCCAUGCUUCUGCAAGGACUCAAUACGAUUUGCGAGUCAAUGUAUUCUCCAGGUACCACCGCGGAGCUGAUUCAUUACAACAUCGCGUCUCUGAUCUGUCAUUACUCCCAUCUCUACAGCGCAGAUGAAGCUAUGGAUCUUAUUGUCCACAUCUUUCGGACCUCGGCUUCUCAGUCGAAGUCGCCUGAUCCCAGUCUCCUCUCCGCUAAGCGACGGCUGGCGUCAAUAUUGGUCAAGAAUCCUCAGAACGCCCGCAAUCUAGCAUGGCACGCGGCACAGAUCAUUGCCGUUGCGAACGAGUAUCUCGUUUCUGCGCCAUGCGAAAUCAUGAGGGUUUUCAUGGGCUACAUUUUCAUUCUCGCCUUUGCCAAAUUCGGCCCGCAGCCCUCUUCGAAAUUCAAUCUUGAUUCAAUCCCCGUUCGCCUGGAUUUGUCAAAUCGGAUCGAAGGCCAGAGGACUGUCAUCACAACGUGGGUUGAAAAUGGCGGACCCGCAAGCAUAGGUUUGGUGAGGAAUAUAUACAGCAAUGGAGGCCUCAAAGCUAUCAGUUCAGAGGCUCAAACAAUGUUGCGAAGGUUGCGGUAUUGGGGUCUUGCGAAGAAAUUUAUUCGAAUAUUGGAGAGCUUCGAUUUGACGAACUGA